AUGGCCUCAAGAGCCUCGAUCGUGGGCGCACGCGCAACCACAUGCCGCCAUUGUCUGGUUUCACAGACCCGCGUGGCUGCGCUCCAGUCUCAAAAACGAUUCAUUACCGAAAAUGUUACGCGAAGACGGGCACUCCACGAACAGGCAUGGCGACGUAAAGCCGCCAAGAUCAAAGCGGGCGAAGAAUACAAUCUAUGGGAUGUGCUGAAAGAGCGUGGCUACGUCAAGGAUACUGCUGGCACUUCGGAACAGAUCUGGGAGCUGAUGAGGAGGAAACGAAUCAGUGCCUAUGUCGGAGUCGACCCUACCGCGCCAUCUCUGCAUGUCGGCCACCUUCUCCCCAUGAUGGCCUUGUUCUGGAUGUACAUACACGGUUAUGGGGCGGUCACGCUGGUCGGAGGCUCAACCGCCAAGGUGGGCGACCCAACAGACCGCCUAAAGGACCGCGACAAGAUGACGGGAAGCGACCUCACCAUGAAUACCACCAAGAUACACUACCAACUCAAGUCACUUUGGCGUAAUGUCGACGCCCGAGCGAAACACUACAAGUAUGAGAAGGACUCAUCGUGGAGUCGUGCCAUUAUGAACAAUAGUAUAUGGCUGAACAGCACGCCCAUUAUGGAAAUUGUUGGCCGGCUUUUCAAAGGCAUGCGCAUGGGACCACUCUUGUCUCGCGAUACCGUCAAGAGGAGGCUCGAGGGGACUGCUGAAGGCAUGCCGCUGGACGAGUUCAUUUACCCCCUCUUGCAAGGAUGGGACUGGUGGAAACUGGUCGAGCAACAAGACGUGAUGAUGCAGAUUGGUGGAUCGGACCAGUACGGCAAUAUUGUCACAGGUGUCGAGGCGGUCAAGUGCAUUCGCGACACAGAGCCCAACCCCGACUUCCGCAUGGACGACUCCCUGGAAAACACUCCCGUCGGCUUUACUGUCCCAUUGCUGACCGACUCUUCUGGCGCCAAAUUCGGCAAGAGCGCAGGGAAUGCCGUAUGGCUAGACCCCUUCAUGACCAGCUCAUUUGAUCUCUACGGGUACUUUAUGCGCCGACCGGACGCCGAUGUCGAGAAUCUCCUCAAAGUCCUGACUUUUAUGCCUCUUGAAUCGGUCAAGACAGUCAUGGAAGAACAUGCCCGGGAGCCCGCUAAACGCGUUGCCCAGCAUGCUCUGGCUUUCGAGCUCGUCGCACUGGCUCAUAGCGAACAGUUGGCCAAGGAUGCUCGAGAGCAGCAUCAAGCCAUGUACUCCAAGAAAAGUGGUAUCUCUACGGCUAAUGCACUGCCCACCGCCCAGGAAGAACUAAAACAGUACCCGCAAGAUGGUAAGCCGGCUUCUCAGGAGGCGGCCAUCAACUUCAAGGCCGAUAUGGAACUGCCCGAAUCACUCAUUACUGGCAAGUCCUUGGGCCACGUUCUCUACGCCUCUGGCCUUGCUAGCUCAGUCUCUGAUGGUGUGCGCUUGACAAAAUUCAACGGCGCCUAUGUAGCUGGAGCUCCGGGUCAGAAGUCAGCCACGAACAAGGGCAUGACAUGGGGAGAUUUGACUUUUACUCCUGCAAAGAACUGGUUCCCAAAAGACAAUCGCAAUUUCCUCAUUGAUGGCGAACUGCUGAUUGUGCGUCGUGGCAAGCACUUCAUUCGUAUCAUCAAGGUAGUGUCGGACGAGCAAUGGGAAAAGAGCGGUAAGAAAUAUCCUGGAGAGCAUGGCACCGGCCACACUAGGGAGAUAACAGACACAAUCAAGUCUCUGCGCGAGACAGGCAUGGAUCUGUCCAGGAAAUCAUGGGAUCAAAUGAGAGAAGAACUCAGACACGACAAGGGAAGAGAAGAGGCUGAACAAAAAGGUCAGCUGUAUAUUCCCACAGGCACACCACCUGAUAAGCCCAUGUCAAAGAAAGAUACCACGUAA